GGCCAGUAACUGAAAGGUCGCCUGAAUGGACUAAGGUGAAAAAUGUUCCCAUGAGCAAGGCACUUAGCCCUAAUUGCUCGAGUAAAUCACGCUGGAUAAGAGUGUCUGCUAAAUUGUAAACGUGUAAAUUCUCCGAACCUGCUACGAAAAGUAAAUUCUGUAUACGCCAUGUAAUUGUUAUCGUAUAACAUUUUGAUUAACACACUGUACCUACCGGUAGCCUGCUUCUUCCCCCAAUUCAAAUCUGCUUGCGUGCGCAGCGUAUGACGCGGCUGGCCAUGAGACGAGAGUGGAAUAUGGAGGGACUUUAUGUUAUGAAUGUGGUAAAGUUUCUUUCGGAGCUAUCCCUGACAGUAGCAACUAGCUACAGUACUCUUCUAGUUUCGACCAAAUUGUAGCCUAGCUGAUGUGGUGACUGGAUAAACUAGUUCCUGUCACACCUCAAUCAACUGAGUGAGUAACAUAUACUGCAAAAUCUAUUUGCGUGGUAUGUCAGGGGAUAUUCAUUGUUUUUUGUUUGCUCAUAAUGACGACUACAGUAGUUGGCUGGCCCACUGCAAAUGCGAAAGUGGUUAGGAUUUGUUUUGAUACGAAGGAACAGUAAACCCAUCAACUACAGUUACUUAAGGAACAUUUAGUAGCAGGACUUUCGUUUUUUUGUUCGAGCUAUCAAAUAAUCAGCCAUGUCUGCCAGUAAUAUUUUUGAAACGUCAUAGCUAGACGAUAGCCUCACAACCAUAGUAAUAAGAAUGAUAAUAUUCAUUCUUAAUUCUAUGCUCACCACAUUGAGAUUGUCGCCCUGCAGAUUCUGGGUAGCUAGCUAGUUUACAUGGAAGCAUCUGAAUAUCUCCUAUGCAAGUGGAAAGGCCACCACUGGCCAGCUAAGGUUUUGAGAAGGGUGUGUAAUUCCAAGAGGAAGAAGGAUAUGGAAGUGGAAAUGUUGGGAGAAGGUCACAGGAGUGUGUAUUUUGUUUUGCAGAGUGUGGGUGCAGCAGAAGGAAACGCAAGCCCUGACCCAAGAAUGCAUCGAGAGCAUCUCUGGACAUCUGAGUGAUCAUGCUUCCAAAAGGAGUGACCCAAUAAGAGAAUUGAAAUACCGGAGAGCACUGCGCUUGGCAUUGGAUAUGUUCCCCUCUGGAGAGACGAGCAGCACUCUGGUGUUAGGAGACCCCAGAACAUCCGAAAAGGGAAGAGACCAACAGUUGCCAUCGGCGCCUGAAGAGCAAGAAACAAGAGCAAGACGCGUCAUCCGAGCAAAUAACCCUCAGUCUGAGGAAAACAACGAUUGUGCCUCUCAGAAAACAAGUCCGGGUGCAGCUCAAGAGAAUAUCACUGUUCACAGUGUGGCCGAUGUAUCAAGUGAUUUGAGCCUUACUCCACCUUCUUCAUCCCCACUGCAACCGCUCCAAGUGUCCUUCGACGAACAGGAGGACAGUAGUCUGGAGGAUGAGGAGGAUGAUGACCUACCCAGUUUCACUUCGCCAAAGAAAACCCUAUCCAUCACAAAGGGAGCUUGUGUCUGGUGUAAAUAUCAACGUUGUCCCUUCUGGCCUGCUAUGGUCAUGUAUGUUUCCCGCAAAGAGAAGAAAGCCAGCGUCGUGUUCAUCGACACAUUUCUUUUCACACAGAAGAGGAAGGGUGUCAAGGUCUCCUUAAAGAAUAUCAAGCCCUUUGACUGUGAGGAGUCAAAUGAGUUGGUGGACAAAGCCAAGGAGAAAUAUGGUACUGCCAUCCACUAUUGCCUGAAGCUUAUUGGGGACUAUAGAAUUCGCCUUGGUUGUGGUUCAUUUUCCGGUUCCCUCGUUGAGUAUGUUGCUGAUGACAUCAGCAUCCCUAUGAGAAAGCUGUACCUUCUCGGCCCGUCUGACAGUUACCUGGCCUCGCCAAGUCAAGACUUGGAGGACCAGAGAAGUUACCAGGGGACUCCGGAAGACCAUGCGACCACCGAGGGCAGUGACCAGGAGCCACAGGUCUCCAAGAGACUGCUACCUGACCGUGCCAAGGCUGCACGGGACCGGGCCAACGACAAACUACUGCAGUUCAUCGUCGAUAAAAGAGGCGUGGAAAGGCACUUGCAGGCUAUUAUCAGUGGUCAGGUGGUGUCCAAGUGGCUGAAGGCCUUCCGCAAGGCCAGUGGUCAAGCAGUGGACCCCUACUUUGAGACGGACCAGCAGGUGGAGCAGGUUUUCACUUACCUCAGGAGCAUCAUGGAGGAAGCCUUGCCAAGUCUGCCAGAGUUGGAUCAGAUCCGUUUCAUCCUCGAAGUGCUCUUACCAGAGGCUGUCAUUCAUGGAAUCUCGGAGGUCGAUGACAUAUCCCUGGUUAAGGCCGAAGAGAAAUACUCACAAGGGCCUGGCAUCAGUAAUAGAGAGCGAGAGGAGUUUGACCUUAUGAUUGUGCAGCAGAUGAAGAAAAGGCAAAGCAGAAAAGAUAAAGAAUAAGAAGAGUUGUGUGUGUGUUCUGUUUCGGGUUUGCAUUGGCUAAUGCCACUAGUGUUUAUUGUUCAUAGGUUACGUGUUUAUAGGUUUACAUACUCUUUAUUUUUCAAUACAAUAAUUUGUAUACUGAACAAAAAUAUUAACGCAAUAUGCAACAAUUUCAAAGAUUUUACUGAGUUACAGUUCCUAUAAGGAAAUCAGUCAAUUGAAAUAAAUUCAUUAGGCCCUAAUCUAUGGAUUUCACAUGACUGGGAAUACAGAUAUGUAUCUGUUGGCCACAGAUACCUUGAAAAAUGUUAGGGGUGUGGAUCAGUAUCUGGUGUUACCACCAUUUGCCUCAAGCAGCGUGACACAUCUUCACAUAAAGUUGAUCAGGCUGUUGAUUGUGGUCUGUGGAACUCCUUUUCAAUGGCUGUGUGAAGUUUCUGGAUAUUGGCGGUAACUGGAACACGCUUACACGAUCCAGCGCAUUCCAAACAUACUCCAUUUCUGGUGAGUAUGCAGGCCAUGGAAGAACUGGGACAUUUUCCAGGAAUUGUGUACAGAUCCUUGCGACAUGAGGCCUGUACAUUAUUAUGCUGAAACAUGAGGUGAUGGCGACAGAUGAAUGGCAUGACAAUGGGCCUCAGGAUCUUGUCACAGUGUAUCUGUGCAUUCAAAUUGCCAUUGAUGAAAUGCAAUUGUGUUCUUUGUCCAUAGCUUAUGCCAGCCCAUACCAUAACCUCACCACUACCAUGGAACACUAUUCACAACGUUGGCAUCAGCAAACCGCUCACCUACAUGACGCCAUACACGUGUUGUGAGGCAGUUUAUGGUAGAGAAAUUAACAUUAAAUUCUCUUAUUUCAGCUCAUGAAACACUUUACAUGUUGCAUUUAUAUGUUUGUGCAGUGUACAUUGGUGUAGCUAUAACGGUGGUGGUUUGUUUAUUUUCCAUGGCUUUCCCCCCUACAAUUAUUUUCUGGAGCUACAGUUGAAUGGAAUCCACAAUUGCAUACUCAGUAUGUUACUCAACUUCCUGCCAUAAUUGGUGAUACAGAUGCAAAAGUAGAGCUCUUGAAAAAGCUAAAUUCCACCAAGUUAAAGUGAAAUUAGGUCAUUUGUCACGCGGUCUAGUUAUUUGGCAUGAUUGAUCAUCUUGUGUAAUGUGCGGAGAUAUGUACAAAUUGAAAUAGCCUCAACAGUGGUGGUUUGUUUCUUUUCAAUGUAUUUUCCUUUACAAUUAUUUUAUUGAACUUGUUGCUAUUAUUCUGGGUGAGUUAUGUUUGUAUUGCCAAAGCACAAAACGGACCUCAGGAUGAAAGAAAUAAAAUUACGUUGUUGUUUUUA